AGUCAGCUCAGUGUGUGCGCUCUGGCUCCUUGUGUGGGAUGGGGGAGCCCAGCAGCGCUGGAGAGCGGCCCGGGGUCCCAGAGGCCUCGGGGGUCCCGGAGCCCCUGGGGGCUCUGCAGCCCACGCCGGCCCCCGAGAUGCUGGAGGAGCUCCUGAGCCGGCGCUUCGGGCCCCUGCCGCAGGCAGCCACCAUCGCCCGCCUGCGGCGCGGCCCGGACGGGGCCUACGAGCCCGGCGGGGACCCUGCCGAGGUGCUGGAGCGGCGGCAGGCGGCCAACGCCAAGGAGAGGGAGAGGAUCCGGAACCUCAACAGCGGCUUCUCGCAGCUGCGGACGCUGGUGCCGCUGGUGCCGCGGGACCGCCGGCCCAGCAAGGCCGACACGCUGCGGGCAGCGGCCCAGUACAUCCGCCUGCUGCGGGGAGUGCUGCGGGACACCGGCGGCUUCCAGGAACUCAGCACUGGGCAGGAGUUGGGGGACACUGGAGCAAUGUCCCUAAGGGGGCCACCUGAGAGCUGCCCCUUGGGACCCCCCCUUCUGCCCCCACACCCUGGGGCACUGCUGAACAGUGGGGGGACGGUUUUUCCUGACAUCCCUGAAAAUCCGGGGGGGCCCGUGGAGGUCUCCCCCGAAGGCCGAGUUCCAGGCUCCAGCCCCCAUUUUCAGGGUCAUGCUCCUGUCCUGGAGCCCUACACCCCAUGAAACCUGCACCCCAAAACUGGGGGGACAGGGGAUCUGUCACCCCUAAAACGUGGAGGGAGGGGGGGACUGGAGCAGAGCUGUAAUUAAUUUCUUUACGAAAUUGUAAUUAGUUGCUCCUCCCUCCCCCCUCCAGGUAAGGGCUUAUUAACGAUUGUUAAUAUAAACCCGAUUAAUUAAUUGCACAAUAAAAAAGGAUUGUUGGAGCGUCA